AUGGGCAACGGAUUCAAAAAAGUGAAGGCGUCCUUCGUGGGCUCGCACAAAAACAGCGAUAAGAUACCGCAAUGGCUCAGAGCACACGGUGGCGAGUACUCGAGAGAGAUUGAUGAAUCUGUCACACAUCUCAUAGCUACAGAGUCAGCCAUGGAGAACAAUGGAGCAGUCGAGAGAGCCAGACAACUCAAAAUCAAGAUUGUCAAUUACGACUGGCUUGAGGAUUCGUUGAUGUCCAAGCCUUACAGACCUAAACGCGAAGGACCCUACUUAUGGGAUCGGAUACUAAGAGAGCGGGACGACAGCUACAGAGUCACAAAGGAUGGUAAAAAGGGGCGCAGAGGCGUUGACAUCGAGAAGAUUCUUGGGGAAUUUCAGAAAGAAGCGCAGGCUGUCAUCUCCGACAUGGAAAAGUUGGGAUACCAUCUCUACGUCGAUAGAAGCACUGGGUCCAGCUACUCUGCGACCUUGGUGCGCCAUACACUUAUCAAAAAUCGUUCUCGGAAAGAAACUUUUGUUGCUAGAGUCUAUGAAACAAACAAAGAGCCGCACACUUAUACCACAUUCGUCAAAUAUACUCGCGUCGGAGUGGCAAGCAAAGAUAUGCUUGCACCAAAAGGGAGUUCUCUGGAGCAGGCUUUAUUCGCGUUCAAGAAGUUCUUCCGUGUGAAAACCGGGGUGGAAUGGAAGGACCGUUAUGAUGAUUCGAAAUUGCUUGUGAGCCCAAAAGCUAGUACGAAUGGGGAAUCACUACUCCAGCCUUCGGAAGGAGCCUGGUUUCGAUACGAGCGUCCUGGAGGGCUGAUGGGUGCGUUGAACAAUGAUGCAGUAUCAGUGAAUGAUCAGGAUGUCCAAGACGACGAAGUUUCUCGGGCUAAAGCGGAGGAUGUUGAGGAGAACAAGGAAGACGAUACUACGCAGUCUGUGUAUUGA